CUGUGAGGCGGAGCGUCUCUGCCUCUCUGAGCUCAUAAAGCGCGAGCAGCAGCGCGAGGAUGUUACAGCACUCAGAGGCGCACGCGACACACAGACGGCUACACGGAACUGAAAACAGACAACACUCACGAGACGGUUUCUUUUCAAUCUGCACUCUUCAGAAUUAAAAAGAGAGCCUCUGAAGUCGGUGCUAACAAUGCGGGACUCUGUCUUCAACUGCUGUUUUAACCCACCUCAUCCUCCAGGUGCAGUGGAAGAGACCCAUUGGCACAGCAACAGAGCACAGGCCCUGCCCCAAAAUGACCGGCGCUUUCUUAUCUUUUUUGACUUUGAUGAGACGCUUGUGGACGAGUGCAGCGAUGACGCCAUGGUUACAGUGGCCCCCGGUGGUUCUCUGCCCUCCUGGCUCAAAGACACAUAUAGGCCGGGCAGGUACAACGAGUACAUGCAGCGAGUCUUGGCGUACCUCGCUGAGCAGGGGGUCACUCCAUCAAAUGUCCGUAACACCAUAGAGCGUCUUCCGCCAUGCCCAGGCAUCCCUGCCCUGCUGCGCUUCCUGAUGUCGUGCCCACCACAGGACUUUGAGGUCAUUUGUGUGUCAGAUGCCAACACGGUGUUCAUCGAAACAUGGCUGCAGAGCCUCGGCUUUCGCUCGCUCUUCAUGCGCAUUUUCACAAACCCAGCCCAUUUUGAUGAGAAUGGACAACUUCAGCUCCGCCCCUUCCACUCUCACAACUGCCUGCGGUGUCCGGUGAACAUGUGCAAGGCCGAAAUCGUGCGACGAUACACGGCUCAGAGGGUGCACGAAAGAGAAGGCAGGCGAUAUCAAAGGGUGCUGUACGUUGGUGAUGGUGCAAACGACUUCUGCCCAUCGCUGACGCUGGCGCCAGAUGAUGUGGCGUUUCCUCGACGUGACUUCCCCAUGCACAGGCUGAUCCAGGAGAUGCACGAGGCCAAACCCGGAGAGUUCAAAGCCAACGUGGUGCCUUGGAGCAAUGGAGAGGAUAUCAUCAACAAGCUCAGGAAAGUCAUAGAAGAGAGGGCUUAAAACAUGGCUGAAAUACAUAAACGUAAAUAACAAAUAAAUACUAAUUCUUAACACAGUUACUUUUAAUAAUCAUGACACACACAGAUACACUAACGAGGAGGUGACGUGUUAGUGGAAGCUGCUGUUACACUUGCCCAAAGCCAAGUUUCUCUUUUCAUUUUCAGUGGUGAACAUUUUCAUACUUCAAUAUGAACAGACAAAAAAGUUGUCUGAAAGAACUCAUGGCUUGUGUGAAAUGUGGUCAGAACCUAUUUUUCACUCUUAAAGCAGUUUCCUCAAGGUUUUGAAAUAGCUGAUUUAUUUAUUUAACCUAAAAAGAUUCCACUUGGAACCCUCUCUGAUAGGGAAACACUGCUGUAGAGUUCUACAUACAAUCUUUAAAGUUUUCUCUGGAGGAACAAACUGAAACAAUGAGUAAAGGUUCUCGAUUUGACCUUCUUUCUAGUAUAUUCUGGUAUGUUCCAGUAUAGAAGAAUUCAUUUGGGCGCGAGAGAAGAGAGAGUGUGAGUGCAAUAAUGAAGACAAUAUUUUAAAGGAGUUUGUUUUAAAUUGACAAUUUAGUAUUUAUACUAAAUAAAUAGCUUCACUGCUGUGUAUUCUUUUCUAUUUGCCUGUGAGUAGCUAGUCAGCAUAUCCUUUGGGGUAAAGGCCUGAGCUGUAAAUGCCCCUGGUUUGCUAUUCAUGUGCAAUAUGCCUACUAUUAGUGACAUAAAUCAUUUAUUUAAAAUCA